AACAUGCGGCUGCGACUGGUGUUUGGAAUUGCCUCGACUUCCUCCUGUUUCUCACUCUGGCUAGCGUCUCACUCUAGUCCUCACUCCCAUCCCAUCCCCUCCCGGCCUUCUUUCCAUCUGUGUAUCACCGAGCGUGAUAAUGCGAUCUAUGCCUAACACCGGCGGCUAGAAACCUCAGGAUUCCAGACCACGGGGCGGAGGAGGCGCCGAUCUGUGGCGGCGCCGGGCGUGAGCUCGAGGAGCCGUUGGUUUCUCACCGCAGGGCGAAUAAACCUGUGAGAAUGGCUGAUAUUCAAUUAGGCUGCCACACUGUGAGGUCCCAUGGUGCCAAACUGGCAAGACUCCACAUGUAUGACUGGAUAAUACUACUCUUACUUGCUGUUCUUGAUGGACUGUUAAACAUAAUUGAGCCUUUUCACCGGUUUGUUGGACGUGACAUGAUGACAGACUUGAGUUAUCCCCUAAAGGGCAAUACUAUUCCAUUUUGGGCUGUUCCACUCAUUGCGAUUCUGCUACCCUGGGCCAUCUUUGUUGGAAUUUACUUCAAAAAGAAAAAUGUCUAUGAUUUACACCAUGGCAUCCUUGGCAUUCUAUAUUCGGUGCUUAUAACUGCUGUGAUUACUGAUGCAAUUAAAGAUGGUGUUGGUCGCCCUCGCCCAGAUUUCUUCUGGCGCUGUUUCCCUGAUGGAAAACCUAAUUAUGAUAAUAUAACUACUGAUGUCAUAUGCCAUGGAGAAAAAAGCAUCAUCAAGGAAGGUCACAAAAGUUUCCCAAGCGGGCAUUCAUCAUGGUCUUUUGCUGGUCUAGGUUUUCUUACAUGGUACUUAGCUGGGAAGCUUGCAGCUUUUGAUCGCAAGGGUCAUAUUGCAAAAUUAUGCAUGGUGUUUCUGCCUCUACUUGUUGCAUCACUCGUGGCAGUUUCUCGAGUUGAUGAUUACUGGCAUCAUUGGCAAGACGUAUUUGCAGGCAGCAUCAUAGGUCUUACCGUUUCUUCCUUUUGUUACCUGCAGUUUUUCCCAUAUCCAUUUGAUGCUGAUGGUAUAUGGCCUCAUGCGUAUUUCCAACAGCUAGCUGAGACCCAAAGCAACGGCAUUGCAAACUCAUAUGACACGAGACCAACAGCAAUUGAACCCAUUGAUGAAGGCUAUGACGCCAUUGCUCUGAGAGAUAGCAGCCUCAUCUUAGACACCAUGGAGUCUGGCAGGAGAUAAUAAAAUAUGUGAUGGCGCCAAGUAUUCCAAGCUGCCUAUUCUCCCGUCUUUGAAUCCUGACAGCAAGACUAGCUGUGCGAAGUAGAGUUGUCUCUGCAACCUUCGUGUGAUUGCUGUCAUUCACAGUUUCUUGUCAAUGGCCACUUCCCAUUUUUAUUCUGACAUAACUUGUUGCGAAUGUGUUGCUGUGAAUUACAUGGUGCAAGCUUGCAUCUUUCAAUAAUUCUGUGUAUAGGUUGAGUUCGGAUUAUUCGUAUAGGCUAGUGAAUGUUUGACUUAUUCCUGCUCAGUCUUGUGCUAUUAAGUAAAUAUGUGUCUGCAAAUCGGGAAUCAGUGAAGUAUGUAAAUGUGUCUGGAACUCAGGAAUCAAUGAAGUAUGUCAUGAUUUUA